GAUAUAACCAGCAGCUCGUGCCCAGCUGUGACAGUCAUGCUGUCUGCUGCUCUUGCAGGCGUGCUGUCCGUACUGGCCUUCCUGCUCUUCCUCAAUACAUGGAAGAAGAAAAAGAAUUUACCCCCAGGCCCUGCUCCUUGGCCUGUGAUUGGCAACCUGCACCAGCUGAACAGACUGGCACCUUAUGAGACUUUAACUGAGCUCGGCGAGAAGUACGGCAGCGUCUACACGAUUUACUUUGGAUGGAAUCCAGUUGUGGUGCUGUAUGGGUACGACACAUUGAAGGAUGCGUUGCUUGGGCAGGCAGAUGAUUUCAGCGGGAGAGCCAUUGUCCCGGUCUUUGAAAGGGUUGCCCAUCGGAAAGGGCUGGUCUUCUCCAAUGGAACUCACUGGCAGCAGCAGAGGAGGUUCUCUCUUGCAACCCUGCGUAGUUUUGGAAUGGGGAAGAGGAGUAUCGAGGAACGUGUGACAGAGGAAGCCACGUUUUUGGUGGAGUUUUUCCAGAGAAAACAAGGAAAGCCGUUCAACCCAGCUUCCCGGGUAACAGCAGCAGUAUCCAAUGUAAUUUGCUCAAUUGUAUUUGGCGACCGUUUUGAUACAGAAGAUGAAACAUUUCAGACACUACUCAGGAUGGUUAAUGAGAAUAUCACCUUUUUGGGAAAACGCGGAUUCCAGAUGUACAACACAUACCCUAACAUCCUUAAGUGGCUUCCUGGAGAACACCACAAAAUCUUCCAGAAUGUGUCCAUGUUGCAGACAUAUCUGAGAGGACUCAUAGACAAUCAUCUUCUGUCCCGCGACCCCAACUGUCCCCGAGAUUUUGUGGACAGUUUCCUUAAUAAGAUCGAGGAGGAGGCUGGUAACCCUGAUUCCCAUUUCACCAUGGACAGUCUGACAUACACAACCUUCAAUCUGUUCAUCGCUGGCACUGAAACAACAUCUUCCACAAUCCGCUGGGCCCUGAGGUUUAUGCUGGCAUAUCCAGAAAUUCAGAAAAAAAUUCAGAAUGAGAUUGACAGUGUUCUAGGGUCUGAAAAAUGCCCUUCCCUGGAGGAUCGUGUCCGCCUGCCGUACACAGACGCCGUGAUUCAUGAAGUCCAGAGAUUUGCCAGCAUUGUCCCAAAUGGCCUCCCCCAUGAAGCGCUGUAUGAUAUCAAAUUUAAAGGCUACACCAUUCCCAAGGGCACCCAAAUAAUCACAUUCCUGCACUCAGCUCUCAAUGACAAGAAGUACUGGGAUAACCCUGAACUGUUCAACCCUGACCGCUUCCUGGAUGAAAAUGGGAAAUUUAUAAAGAAUGAAGCUCAAAUACCUUUUGGAGCCGGUAAAAGGUCAUGCAUUGGAGAGGCACUUGCAAAGACUGAAAUCUUCAUAUUCUUUGUUAGUAUCCUACAGAAGUUCACCCUAAAAUCCGCUCCUGGGGAAGGUGGCCCUAUUCAGUUAAUGGGCGGAGGUACACGUGCCCCUGUGCCUUUUAAUGUGUGCGCUGAAUGGCGUCUUUAAUAGCACUGGAUCUCCAACUGGGUUGGUGUGAUGAGCGACAAAAUCCAUCUGGAAGAAGCAGACUCACAUUUAUUGUUUUUGUAUAUAAAUGAAUCAGAAAUAUUCACUGGGGCAAAAGGGAAAAAAUUCUAUUGAUUAGAAGCUCCAUAUAAGAUUAGUGAAUUUCACAUUACUAGACGUCUAUGUCCAGAGCAACUGUGAAUCUGCUCUGUGUUCCUGAAUCAGUCAGAACAUUACAUAUAAUAAGCUAAGCAGUUUCCAUACUGACUUCAUAUCAGCUAAGAAAUAACUAAUUUAUCUAUAGAGGUCUAUGAAUUAUUGCAAAGCAUAAACCAUCACCCAAUUAGCUGUGACGUCAACUCUCAGGGCUUGUGUCUGAGGCAAUCGGUUUUUGGGCAAAGAGCAGAUUCACAGAUGCACUAGAAUUAGAAAUCUCCCUUUUAGUUGCUGCACAAACAAAUAGCCAUAUGAUACCGAUUAGCUAAACCAUUAGGUUACUUUUGUGCCACUAAAAUUUUAUAUCCCUAGUUAAAGGGACAGUCUACUCCAGAAUUGUUAUUGUUUAAAAAAAUAUAUAAUCCCUUUAUUACCCAUUCCAUCUAAAAUAUCACUAACAUUCCAGAUCUGUUUUACCAUCACGUUACUAUACUUUUUACCUCUGUGAUUACAUUGUAUCUAAACCUCUGCAGACUAAUCUGUCAUCCCCAAUGUCGCCGCAACCUAACUACAUUUAUUAACCCCUAAUCUGCCGCCCCCAACGUCGCCGCAACUAUAUUAAAUGUAUUAACCCCUAAAUCUAAGUCUAACCCUAACACCCCCCUAACUUAAAUAUAAUUUAAAUAUAUCUAAAUAAAAUUACUAUCAUUAACUAAAUUAUUCCUAUUUAAAACUAAAUACUUACCUGUAAAAUAAACCCUACGAUAGCUACAAUAUAACUAAUAAUUACAUUGUAUCUAUCUUAGGGUUUAUUUUUAUUUAACAGGCAACUUUGUAUUUAUUUUAACCAGGUAGAAUAGUUAUUAAAUAGUUAUUAACUA